AUGGCUGAGCCACCCCAAACCGACGUCCCUAGGCGUUCUGCAAUGCCCACCGCCAACAUCGGUGUCAAUUCUAGUCAAGUCCAAGCACUUCUCGAACAACCUUCGGACGAAUAUCUCGAUGCUAUCGAGGAGGACUGGAACAGAAAGGUGGAUAUUGAGAUCGAGACGCUGGCGGAUGGAAUGACUGAUCUUGUCAACCUUGCGUCGAUUGGGGAUAAAGACAAGUUUAAGAUCGCCCAGGAAGCAUUUCAAGCCCAAUUUCGUGCCGAAUCCAUGGUCCGAGCGGCAAACUCCCUCUUGUCCAUCAUUCACUCCAUGAAACUCCUUCUGCUCAUCUCCGACGAAUCGCAGAUCGUUACUCGAAGAGAUGCAGAGUUCAAGGUCACUCAGGAGGAGAAGGAGGCUACGAAGCAAAAAGUUGCCAGUUUGCUCACGGAACUGCUUCAGCCUCGACAGGACAGAGCAUCCGGCUCGGAAGGCCCGUAGUGAGAGUGGGCGUGAAAGUUCACAUAUUCAACACUCCGGCAUUCGGCGAAGUCUUUGAAGUAUAACAACACCUUUCCAGAAGCCCAUCCAUCUCCGGCCAGGAUUGGAUCAAGUACCAUGCCGCUUUGAGUGGAACCAUGGACAAGGACGACGUCGAGUCCGAUAGUCGACUUGGAAAGGAUCUCUCGCAUGCCUCGAACUCCGAGGUGCUCGGCUUCCAUCGUCCCAUGUGCUAGCACUUCGCACAUCCGAUGCCUUAGAGCUAUCAAAACCAGUGUAGUCCCGCAGCCCUGCCUCAUCCAAUCGUUCUUCGACAUCGUAGAUUCUGUCCUCUUUGCCUUCACAAAUUUUACUUCUGACCCAUAAGCACUACAUCAGUUUUGCACACAUGCAAUCCCCAACCCACGAAGUCAAUGUAGGAGUUAUUUUCUUACGUCACCGAUAAACUUCAACGGAAAUU